AUGACUGCCCGCAUGAUGCCGAUUUCGUUUUACUUAUCGAGUUUAUUGGAUAAUCACGUUCAGCUCACAGUUUCUCCGAUUUUCUUUUGGUUUAGGUACCUCACGCUCUUCCUAUUCUUCCUCACGGCAACAUUCCAAGCGGGAGCGUCAGAAGCCGAGGACCUCGUGCCCAACCUCUGCAAUCUCAUCGACCAAGCGCUAUACUGCCGCUGCGACACGGACGAUAUCACUGAUGACGCGACCGAAGUGACUUGCUACGUGGUGAAAGACACCGCCCAAGACGACAUCGUCUUCAAAGCCUUCGCGAAGCAGCCGUCCAUCGUCUCGAUCGUGUUCAGUUCGCUCAGUGAGGACCAUCACUUAAAGUUUGUUCCUUCCGACGUCCUGCCACAUGCUCCGGUCUUGGAGCGUCUUAAGUUCUCCCAGGCGGAGUUGGGUGUUUUGAAGACACACGCCUUCUACAACCUGACGAAACUGGCAGUGCUGUCCCUCGACUCCAACGAGAUAACGGAACUGGAGACGGACUGCAUCUCGCAUCUGCCUCGCCUCAAGAAGCUGGAACUGGCGGACAACAAGCUAAAGAAGAUGCCUGCGCGAGCCUUGUCUCACCUACCAUCUCUGACGCACUUGUUCCUGGAGCGGAACAAGAUGACGGUCAUAGAGGACUUUGCCUUCGCGGGCCUCGGCAAGGUUAAAGAGCUAGACCUCAGCGACAACUCCAUCGAGGCCCUCACCGAGCACAGCUUUAAGGGGCUGUCGCGGGUACUCAGGCUCGACAUGUUUCGAAACAAGCUGAAGAGGCUGGAAACCCGGGUCUUCGGCGGCUUGUCGUCCCUGGUGGAGCUCGAUCUCAAGUACAACGAGAUCUCCGAGGUCGAUCCGCUGGCCUUCGACGGUCUGCCGCACCUGACCAUCGUGUACCUCUCGUUCAACCGGCUCCGCGUCCUGCCGGCGCACAUGUUCAUGGGAGCUCCCAACCUUGUGACCGUGGAUCUGUCGCAGAACCAGCUGGUAACGCUUACCUGGAGGACUGUCCAGGACUUGAGGAAGAUUGACGCCGAGUCCUUCGACAUGAGCCUCACUGGCAACAAGUUCAGCUGCGACUGCCGCCUCGUGUGGAUGCUGCACCUGGAGAACGCCACCAGGAACGACAAGCUUCGGCGCGAGCUGAGGCACGUCAAGUGCGACUUCCAAGCCAGUGGCAACCUGAGCAGCAGCAAGGUGUCCCGACUCAGCGCCAGCCAGCUGGGCUGCCCCGCCGACUACGCCAGGCCAGAGUUCCGCAGCGCCGCCGCCAUCACCCACUCCGCCACCCGAAAGACUUCGGCCCGUCCGCCGCCGCCAGCCGCCGGGAAAGGAGACAAGGAAGCCGCGGACGAGUCCGGUAACAGGAUUAACGACGGGGCCUCUCCAGACCCCGAUAUCGAUCCCGACGAGAAGAACAAAGCCGGCAACGACGAUGAUGCGCAGCUGACGAAGAACGACAUCGAGGUCGUCUUGAAUCAGCGAAAGGGCGCGGAUAUGCUGGCGUCAUCGUCCAGAGGACAGCAGCAGCACAGGGGCAACGGGGCUGCUUCCGGUCGGCCGACGGACGCCGGGUGGUGUCUGGUGGGCCUCCUCUGGUCCUGUUUGGCGGCGGCCGCCAUGUCGACGUUUAGGUGAUCGCGCAGUGCGACAACUGCGAACGGGGACAGAGUGGUACUGGUCGGUUCUUGUGGUCGGUCCUGGUGCGAAGGACAAUGCCGCGAGGACUGGCCGUCGGUCUGUGAUCAUGAACCGCUGUGGCGUGUCGCUCGGUUGUGUACUUUAUUUUUUUUUUUUUUAGAAAUUAAGUGUGCGUCGUGCUUUUAAUGUGGAGUGUCGAAAACCCCGAUGAAUUGCAGGGUUGAGGUGGCUUUGUUUUGUUAUUAUCUGUUAACGUAGUUCAUGUCACGUGGUGCGGACAAAGCAAGAGCGUCGUCUGCUUAUGUAGCGCCGAGUGAAGUUGAGACGUGCGCCCUUUUCAUUGUUCGUUCGUUCUUGUUUUAUAUGAUUGUGUCAGUCUGACCUCUGCGACUUGAACUUACUACGCUCUCAAAAGCACCUGCAUGUAUACUGCCUUCCAGGACGCACGGCAGAAACACCAACAGAAUAAAAGGUUAAAAAAAAACGCGAUCAAACGGGGACAACAAAGAAACACGGAUGACAGGACAGGCGCAGUAGAAGCACGUGUCCGGUCGUCCGUCAUUGUCACCGUUCGUUCACGCUUUUUAACCUUUUAUUCAGUAAUGGACCAACAAGCUCAAACCCAAGUAUUAAAGCAACACCAAUCAUUGGCCUUUUUUAAAAGUACAGCAAAUGAGAAGGGCUAAUCGGAUAGCACGCAAUGGCUGUGCAGUGUCACUGGUAAAAAUAGGCGUCAGGCCCUUUUGCCAUUGAGACUGAACAUGAAUCACAGCACGAUACCGAUAUCCUUCUAAUUAGCUAUACGAAAUAAAGAAAUGAUAUUGAUCGAUUUUGGGAGUGCAAAGUGCGCCAGUACAGAUGCAGGGACAGCUGAGAGUAUAAUUUUAAUGACUGCCAAAACUCGUGUUCGUCUUUUUUAUGAAGUGUACGAGCAAAGGUAUUCUUGAGUCGGUGAGUUUGUUUUGGUUCUAAAGAAACGAAGUUCUCCGAGUGAUUGUUAUUUGUGUUCUGUUUCAAUGCCCAGAAGCUAAGGAUACCUCAUUUUAGGUUCAUUUAAAGUAUUACAUAUUUCAGUUCGGCAAUCAGGUUUGCGGAAUAAAGUGUCUUUAUUUAUUUUGAAAACCCUGAAUGGGAAAUGGGUUAAGAUAUGAAGACUAUUUUAAGCGCAUGAUUUACCUAGGUUCGGUUUGCUAUGUACAUGUCGCAGUCAUCAAUGAUAGCUGAUUUUUGGGAAGCUCCCAUGGAAUUUAAAACAAAAUAAAGUUAAACCCUGUACAAUUUUUCGUUCGUCGCAUCUUACCUGGGUUUCUGAACUGAAACACUGCGACUCUGGGAGUUGGCCAAGUUUGAACAUGAGCUCUAUCUCUCUUUGACAAGAUAUUGUAACUAAAGUGGGGAGGGGGGUACAAAACCCAACAAAAUUGAAGUGGGUAUGUUUAUUAUUGUGUACGUAAUCAACCUAACUAAAAAACACAUGCGAAGGCCAAAAACUAUUUGAAAUGAUGGAAAAAGAUGGAAAAAGAAUGUCCUAAAACAAAAUUUACAACAAAAAACAAAUACUUCUAGACCUAUAUUUAUGGCGCGAAAUUAAUUUGUAGUUAGCGCCCACGGGGGAGCCCGCGGAAAAGAGGCCGCUGUUGUCACGUGACUGGUCACGUGACAACAGUGGUCACGUGGUGCUUGCGCUUAUUCGGGAGCUUCAUGUUGGCUCUAAAAGUUACUUAUAAAUCUUCGUUUGAAGUGCAACAAAGGAAUAAUAAGUAACUUCUAGAUCCCAAAGGAAGCUCCUGAAAGAGCGCUAACACCACGUGAUAGACCUCUGCGCCGGUCAGAAAUUGACGACGGUGGCGCGCAGUGGUGUACCCUUCCAACAGCGGCGGUGUUGAGAAAUGCGUUAAACCGGCGCCGCGCCACGCUCUGCGUUCAGUGGCUGGGCUGCAGUGAGGCAGCGCAAUGAUCUACCACGUGACCGGUGGCGGCAGCCACGGUUUCCAACUACAAAUGCGCUUCGCGCCGUAAAUAUAGCUCUUAAAAUAUUUUUUGUUCGUCGUAAAUUAAUUUUAUGGCAUCCUGUUCCCGUCCAAGCUGUAAUAAAAGAAAGAAAAUGUG